UCGGGGCCGCGCUCCUGGGGGCGGCGCGCGGGACCGUGACGCUUCCGGCAGCGGGAGGCGGCGCGGAGCGGGACCGAGAGGCGCGGGUGGCGGCCGGGGAGGCGGAUCUGGGACAAUGUCUGGGGAAGUGCCACCCAACAUUAACAUCAAGGAGCCUCGAUGGGACCAGAGCACGUUCAUUGGCCGAGCCAGUCACUUCUUCACGGUUACUGAUCCCAGAAACAUCCUUUUAACGAACGAACAGCUAGAGAAUGCGAGGAAAGUGGUGCACGAUUACAGGCAAGGAAUCGUUCCUGCCGGCCUCACGGAAAAUGAGUUAUGGAGAGCGAAGUACGCGUAUGACUCGGCCUUCCAUCCCGACACGGGUGAAAAGAUGACUCUGAUAGGAAGAAUGUCGGCUCAGGUCCCGAUGAACAUGACCAUCACGGGCUGCAUGAUGACCUUCUACCGGACCACACCGGCUGUGCUCUUCUGGCAGUGGAUAAACCAGUCCUUCAAUGCCGUGGUCAACUACACCAACAGAAGCGGUGACGCUCCCCUCACUGUAAAUGAGCUGGGAACGGCUUAUGUUUCUGCAACAACCGGCGCCGUGGCGACAGCCCUUGGACUCAAUGCCCUAACCAAGCAUGUGUCGCCGCUGAUAGGACGUUUUGUUCCCUUCGCUGCUGUAGCUGCUGCUAACUGCAUUAACAUCCCACUGAUGAGACAAAGGGAACUCAAGGUUGGUAUUCCUGUCACUGAUGAGAAUGGCACACGCUUGGGAGAAUCGACCAACGCAGCAAAGCAAGCCAUCACGCAGGUGGUCAUCUCCAGGAUCCUCAUGGCGGCCCCUGGCAUGGCCAUCCCUCCGUUUAUCAUGAACACCUUGGAGAAGAAAGCCUUUUUGAAGAGGUUCCCGUGGAUGAGCGCACCGAUUCAAGUCACGCUGGUUGGCUUUUGUUUGGUGUUCGCCACCCCCCUGUGCUGUGCUCUGUUUCCUCAGAAGAGUUCCAUGUCUGUGACAAGCUUGGAGGAUGAGUUGCAAGCCAGCAUCCAAAAGAGUCAUCCUGGAUUACGGCGUGUGUACUUUAACAAGGGCCUGUGAAGCCAAGAUCAAGUGCUGGAGGCCCCUCCUGCCAUCUGUGAACCUCCCGAAGCCAAGCAGUGAGGAAAUACGUGUGCUGGGCACUCCCCACUACAAAAACCUCUGCAAAAUCUGUUAGAGUCAAGCUGCCGGUCAGGAGCCUAACAUUUGAAUCGUGUUGUAAUUUACAAAAAAUACCCUUCUGGUAGAUUUUAAUGAUGCCGUUUUUUCCAAAGCCCCCACCUUGAGCUUUCAAAAGCUCUGGUGGGCAUAGCAUAUAUGCUCCAGUUACACACUCAGUAAACACUGGUUAUCAAUCAUUGGAAAGGUUACCAGCUCAACUAUCACGUUCUGUUUCUACUUCUCUCCCACUGGGGUCUCAGCAAUGAAUUGGGAAAACACAAAAGGUCUAAGACAAAAUAUCCAAAUUUAAAUGCUAAGGAAACUAUAUCUCCAGUUUGGCAAUGGACCAGUCCAAAGUAGAACCUCAAUUACAAAAAUUGAGGUUUAGAGCAUAAACACUCCAUACACCUUCCUGAAGUCAGCCAUAGACCAGGGUAGGAUGCUUUCCCUGCCAUCCUGGAUUCUUCAACUCUUCAAUGUGUUUAGUGUUCUUAAAAUAUUAAUUGUGCCUCACAGGUACUUUAUAAUCAUGAAUUUCCAUCAAAUAAUUAACUGAAAUGGUCUAUUCAGUACCAGUACAAUGUGACAUUGACUGGGUGACCGGGUUUUCAGAAGUGAAACCAUAGUCCCUAUACACCUUUUUCCCCCCAUCCUUGUAGAAUUUCUUUGGCUUUCAGGAAGAUAUACAGAAACCACACAAACUAGUCCAGCAUCUGUGCGCAUUGUGCUGCGUUCCACCCUGUUUGAAGACCAUGAAGUCAUGUGGCAUCUCAACAUCUCUAUGGUGAUUUUUACAUGUGACGUAUUAGGUGUAGCUGAGGUCACUUUGGAAGUCUGUGGCUGUUCCACGUCAUAGACAAACCACUUGUUACGCUGAGUGAAAAAUCAUUGUUAAUUCAGAGAUUUGUAUGUGGAAAAAAAACCCACAAAAAUAGAGACUAUCUAGUUUCUGUAGAUUCUUUUUCCCAAUAAUGUUUCCAGAUUGAAUUUCCUCAUAAAGAAAACAUGGUGUGCCUUGUG